CUGGUAGGUUUUGUUUAGUGAUUUUCAAUGGCAGAGGUGGUUGGGCCAAGGCUGUACAGCUGCUGCCAUUGCAGAAAUCAUGUCGCUCUUCAUGAUGAUGUCAUUUCCAAGGCUUUUCAGGGAAGACAUGGUCGAGCAUUUCUGUUCUCUCAUGCAAUGAAUAUCAUGGUGGGACCGAAGGAGGAGAGGCAGCUAAUGACUGGCCUUCACACGGUUGCUGAUGUCGAUUGCUCUGACUGCCGGGAGUGCAUGCUUGGUUGGAAAUAUGAACGAGCUUACGAGGAAACACAAAAAUACAAGGAAGGGAGGUUCAUUCUUGAGAAGUUAAAUAUUGUCAAGGAAAACGGGAAGCAAUUGUUUUGCUACAAAUUCCCUGGAUCAUGCACCGAUUUGCAGACGAUUCAAACACCUAUGCUGCUAUAA